AUGGCCGAUAAGUUUGUAACCUCCCAUGCCGGAGCCAAGAAAGCCGAAGCAAGAGUAAACGACAUAUUCACUAUUAAGCAGUCCUUGGGAGAUAGACUAAGGGACUUUCUCGUCCGGUUUAAUAGAGUAAGGAUGACUCUGCCGAACGUAUCCGAAGAAAUAGUCUAUGCUCCUGAGAAACUCGGAGCAAAGGUGAAGUGGCCGCCGAAGAUGAGAUCAGAAUCAAACACCAGAAAAUUCGAUGCCCUAUGUGUGUUACACCAGGAACGAGGGCACAAAACUGAAGAUUGCAUCGCCCUCAGACAAGAAGUCAUAAACAUGUUGUGGCUGGGACACCUCAAAGAGUUGUUAAGCGACAAGGGGAGAACCAAUUUUGCUAGAGGACGUGAAUACCAAGGCCCGCCAUCACCAGCUCGUACUAUCAACAUGAUCAUCGGCGGCGGUGAUGACGCCUCUAUGAUCGGCGUGAAAUUCACCACCACUCAUAAGAUCAAGUGGUCUAUCACACACGAACGACACGACAAAAUCGAAGUAAGUAUCAUCUUAAAUGAGUCAGAUGCCAACGAUUUGACUUUUCCUCAUAAUGAUGCCCUCGUUAUUACUUUACACAUUUUAAAUACCGAUGUAAAACAUAUCAUGAUGCACGAUAGAAGUGGAUCAUGCAUUAUCCAUCCCCAAGUCCUCACCCAAAUGAUACUCGAGGACAAGAUUGUGUCACGCCGCAUCAUGCUAAUCAACUUUAAUAAUGUAGUUGAACGGACGUCCGGGGAAAUUACACUCCCCAUCUUGGCCGGCGGCAUGACUGUGGAGACGACAUUCCACAUCAUGGACCAGGACACCGUGUACAACUCCAUUGUGGGAGGAUACAUCCCAUGA